ACAUUUUACGUUAACACUGGUGGACGAACGUUGUGUCGUGAUAAUGGAUAAGGCAUACGAGUACGCGAAAUCAGCUAUAAUUAAUUUUAAAUUAGAUAGAUGCUGUUGCCUAGCGCCCAUAAGAGUAGGCGUGCUCGUUAUAGGAUAUUUUAAUUUAUUUGUAGCGGUUUUAUCUUUGGUGGGAACAGCGGAUGGAGGUAUCACACCCCCUUUAAUGGAAGUCCAAGAAAUGUUUUUAGAAGACAAUGCGUCUAAGGCUAUUGGAAUUAUGGCGUAUUCGUGCGAGUUAGCGUUCAGUGUGCUGCUACUGUGUGGAAUGUACCGUAACGACAUAAUACUCCUGCGCGCGUAUGUAUACUUCAUGAUCGCCGCCAUUGUGACCGCAGUUCUGGUGUACUCCAUGAUCAUAGCAGCUGUGUCGAUGUUAACCAAACUAGUUCUUAUUGGAAAUAUGGUGUUCAAUAUCUACGUCAUUUUACUCGUGAGAAGUGCAAUAGUCGAAAUCAAGGAGACGAGUACUUCAGAGAAAAAUGGUCACGUGACUCUAUACUCUAUUGCCAAGGUCCCCCUCGACGUGGAGUCACCAGAUGUAGAAGCUCCCGCGGAAACAAAUGCAAUCAACGAAGAAAAGAGCGAAACAAAGAAAGAAGAAGCACCAGUUAAGUUGGAAACUGUCGAUGAACACACUAAAGAGGAAUAAUUUUAUAUUAUUAUUGUUAUUAUUUAUUA